GUUUCCUCUAUGGCAAGGUCUGCAGAGGAGAAAAACCCCAGAAGCUUGUCUUGGAAAAAGUUAGUCUCGAUCCGUCUGCCUUGAGUCUGUUUGGAGUCGGUGGAUAUUUUAAACCAUUUUAUGGAGGAACUAUGGCACACAAUGACACUCAUCCACUUUGGGAGAUAUUUAAUUCAUUUAAUCGCAGUGAUGUGCUGCUGGCCUUUUGCCUAUCAAUGCUGGUAGGACUACUCCUUGGUGCCUUGGUGUAUGUCCUGCUGACAUGGGCAUCUCGUCGAAAAGCCACAGCGAAAAUUACUCGGCGACGUAAAAAGAAGUCUGGUUCUUCCUCACAUUCGUCCCACCCCAUGAGCUCUCAGAUGGGUCUCUACAGAAGCACCUUUCUCAGUGUGUACAGGCAGCCCUCUCUGGAACCUGUGGGUCCUCUGGGGUCUAAACCCAGUCCAGAAACCUCCACAUUCAGGCCUCUGCCCAAGAAGAACCGUCCAAGUCUGGACAUGGGGGAGGACACUAAAGUGCUGGAGGACAUGGCGUCCAACUCAGACUCCUCUUCUCCGGUCCCAAACAAGAGACACUCUUUUUGGCUGGGCAGUAAUGGACUCAAAGGAUUCUUCCCUUUACAGUCGUCCCCACCUGCUUAUGACAGUGUGAUCCAUGCCUUUGAAGAGACUUGCACUUAAUAUGCUCUUUCAAGAUAGAUUAUUACGGGUAGAGCUGGGCUUCUUAAUUACAAGAGGAUACUCUUUCAGCUUACGAUGGUUCACACUAUUUGAAAAACCAAAGCAAGCACUUGUGCUCUGUUGUCACACACAGCAUUAAAAUAACACACAAAAAACUAUUUUCUGAUCAAUUGUUAAUCGGAUCCACAUUUUGCAUUUUAUCACCUUUAAUAACUGACUAGCAGUGAAAUGUAUCAAGGCUUUCGAAACUUGGGUUUGAAAUGGACCAGUACAAUUCUUGCCAAAUUAGAUGUUGGAGCUGGUACAAUGGACACUUUCGUACCAUUUUGUAUGGAAUAUGUACAUAAUAUAAAUAACUAUAUAAUAUAUGAAUAAAUGUAACCUGCUCAACAUUUUCGUUCCAUCACUUAAUAGCCCAUUUCAUAGUAUUUAAAUCAUGUGACAAUUUGCAUAAUUACCUUGGCAUGUAGGCCUAUAGCCAAUUAUGGCACAGAAUGAUACCAUAGGUCUCUCAUCCAUCACAUCAAGGUCUUAUGUGAGCGAGAGAGAGAGGGUCACUAACUUGUUCUCUAACCCGGGGUGUGCUUGUGAGGUUGCCAGUAUCAAAGAAAGCCCCUUUGAGGUUCAGCUUUAUUGAUUAUUUACUAAGCGGUUAGAGGCCAGUCAAAUCAUCCCAUUAUUAUAAGUGGACCCUAGAGACAUCCCUGUGAGACCUAUCAUCCAAUUUAAUUUGAUGGUGCUUUUAUCUUUUGCAUUUAAACUCUCGGUAACUGUAUCCUGCUACCUCGCUUAUGGCAACCCGUUUUUAAAGACACACGCUCAAAGUGCGCCAGCGGACAAGCGCCUGGCAACACGACCGCACCGUUUACGCACUGCCACCUCGGAUUGACGUGAGGGCUCUAGCGCGGUCAG